UAGUAGUACAAUCGCCGCGCAAAUUGGUUGCGAUGCUGAAAUGACAAAUUUGAAGAAUGACUACUGAAAUAGAGCCGCACAUAUUGAAGAAGUUCGAAAUCAAGAAGAGAAUAGGAAAAGGGGCUUAUGGAAUUGUUUGGAAGGCGCUGAAUAAAAAAACUAAAGAAAUUAUUGCACUGAAGAAAAUUUUCGAUGCAUUUCGAAAUCAAACUGAUGCACAAAGAACAUUCAGAGAGAUUGCAUUUUUACAAAAUUUUGGUAAUCAUCCAAAUAUUGUACGUCUUUAUAAUGUUAUACGUGCUAGCAGCGAUAAGGAUAUAUAUUUGGUGUUUGAAUUUAUGGAAACAGAUUUACACAAUGUAAUUAAAAAAGGCAAUAUCCUCAAUGAUGUACAUAAACAAUAUAUCAUGUAUCAAUUGUUGAAAGCAACAGCCUACUUACAUUCUGGUGAAGUGAUUCAUCGUGAUCAAAAGCCAUCGAAUGUACUGCUCGACUCAUAUUGUUCAGUAAAACUAUGUGAUUUUGGCUUGGCGCGUUCGUUAAAAGGAAGAAAUAAAUCUGAAACUGGCAGUAAAGUGAAUUGUAAAACUCUGUUACCUGCUUUGACUGAAUAUGUAGCGACACGUUGGUAUCGUGCGCCGGAAAUACUUCUUGCCUGUCAUGAUUAUACAAAAGGUGUAGAUAUAUGGAGUUUAGGGUGUAUCCUGGGUGAAAUGUUGAUUGGAACACCAUUAUUUCCUGGUACAUCUACGCUAGAUCAAAUUGAGCGUAUUAUGGCUGGUCUACCGAAGCCCAGUACAGAAGAUUUAGCCAGCGUCAAAAGUCCCUAUAGUGCAUCAAUUUUACAGAAAGCACGAAUUAGAAAUCGUCGUUCGUUAGAUCAGAUGUUGGCCAAUGUUGACAAGACAGCAACUGAUCUUCUGUAUAAAAUGCUACAUUUCAACCCGUACAAACGAAUUACGGCGCUUGAAGCCUUAAAGCAUCCAUAUGUUCGAAGAUUUUACUGCCCAAGCGAAAUCAUGAUAAUGAGUCAUCAUGUUACACCGCCUUUAGAUGAUAAUGUACAGUUAACUGUCUCUGAAUAUCGUGAUCGAUUAUAUCAAAUGAUUAGUUCAAAACGGCCAGAAACAAUAACAGUACAACAAAAUGAAAUACAAAAAAGUGAACUUAUCAAGACAAAACAAGAUGUCGCAUCAAUCCCAUCAUCAAUGCCUACGUUGAAGUGUCAGACAACAGUAAAACGGUUCAAUGUUACGUUAUAUCCACAAAAUGCAGUUACCAAAAAGCAACAACCAACAUCAUUUUCCCCAACUUCACCUUCGCUACAACCAGUAAAACUAACACAACAACAGCUCAAAGACACAAAUGGUCAUUCCACACCAUAUGAAAAUGAAGAAGCAUGUGUAAAAGUUAACUUAAAACAACGGAAACACGAAAAUAGACUAAAAAAUAGUCCUGAUAAACUCUCAUCUUCAAAAACAAAAAUGUCAUUAGGUAUGAAUCACAGUAGUCCUACGUCGACGACUACCACAACCAGAACUACUUCUACGACUACUGCGGCUAUUAGAACUACUUGUAAUGGUGGUAAUAAUCAUUCAGAUACCCCUAUAACGAAAGCAAGUCCCCAGGCACUGCAUUAUCACAAAGACUGUAAGUAUGAUAACACCUCCGAGUGUAUGACUGAAUAUGAUAAGUGUAAUAACAUUAGUCGUUCUGCACUUAAUUCUACAACGCCCCUUCAACAAUACUCACAACAGCAAUAUCCUCAACUCCAACAUCUAGCUGAUCAACAGUCACGAUCAGCAUUAAACAGUAGAAUGACUUAUACGAAUUCCCCACUUAUUUCCCACAAUUCCAUCAGUCGAUCGAAUUCAGUGAAUAAACUACCUAUGGAACACAAGACUUCAAAACGAUAUUCAGCGGUUAGUCCAUCACAUUAUUGCAGUCAGUACAUAACAAAAGUCAAUGUACAGAAUUCAUCAACACUUUCAGGUGAAAAGCUAUCAAAUUACAGUGAUCAAUACAACACUAGUAACAGUAGCAAUACAAGUGUCAACAGUCAAUCACAUCAAAAUAACACUAAUACUGUUAACUCUGCAAGUUAUAUUCCUCCAUCAAACUCGCGUAUUACAACAUCAAAUUAUUAUUAUUUUACAGCUGCAACAACAGCAGACAGGUGUUCAAAUUCUUACAGUCAUCAAAAUAUUCAAUUUGAAGAUGGAAUGGUAACUCCGAAAGCAGAGAACGACAAAGAGGAUCGUCCAGGAAAUGAAGAUCAUCGUUUAUUAUCACAAGCGGAAAAUUCACUUCUUCUUAGAGGUUAUGAUUAUUUAACCUCAUCUAAUGAUACAUAUGAAGAGGAUACAAAUUAUCUUUGUAACAUUAAUCCUAAUAUAUUACAUAAUCAAAAGUAUUGUUCGACAUCUAAUAUUCAAAAUGAUGUUAAUAAUACUAGUCAUCAUAUAAUGAACACUAAAACAUCCAAUGGAGCCAAAGAUCUUACUCCAAAAUUUUCCUCUUUAUCAACUUUAGAAAUAACACAAAAAAUAACUCCCUGUGUGUAUAGUAUGCCUUAUGAGAAAAAUGAUAUUACUAUAUCAAAGUCUAAUUGUCAAUCUGUCGGUCAUACAAGACUGGAAGAGAAAUACAUCAGCAGGAAUAACACGACCACCAAGAAAGACAGCAACAGUAACAAUAGUCAAAAAGAAUCAGUGGUGAAUUAUUCCAAUGCACUGAGAAUCGAUGAGACAAUCCGCUAUAAAACUGCUUCAUCAAUUCAUCGAAAAAUUGACAGUUGUAAAUUGAAUGGAAAAUAUAAUUAUCAGUCAGAUUAUGAGCCAAUUUUAUCAACAGUGGGCACAAAUCAAAAGUUAAAAUUAAUCCAAGGUUCAACUGAUAUUCAAAAUUCAAUGUGUCAGUCGAAAAUCUCAAAUUCACUAAGUAAUUUAAACUCUAAGCUACUUAAAAAUGGACAUCACCAUCAAAAGCAACAAUCAGGAGAAAAAAACCCACAUACACAGCAAUCUAGACAUUCAUCAAAUCAAAAUGGACACAAAUUCACUGAGGAUAAUCAUCAUCAUCAUCAUCAUGAGAUUAGUUCAGCUAGUAAUUUACAAAAUGGAAAUGUUACUCAUCAAUGGAAUAACUCUGAUAUAAAUUUAUCUCAGAAACUAAUAGCGCACUCAUCAUCACCAUUGUCAUCACUAAAUCAUCAUACUUCAGUGUCUUCACCAGUUUUAAAUCAUCACACUCCAGUUUCACUCCAAAUUCAUCAAAAUCCCCAUGAUGAACUAGUUGCGGUCAAUUCUAACACUAUGAACAAAACUUCAUCAAUCUCAGUGAUACCAUGUAAUGGCAAUAAAAACAGCAGUAAUAAUCAAGACAAGUAUAAACGAAGAUACAAUAUGAACUGUAAUAAUAAUAAUAGUAAUAGUCAUAAUAAUAUCCAUAAUGGAAUAUCAUCAAUCAGUAGUCAUUCAGAACAACAAUUACAAUCCAGUCAACCAGUUCAUAAUCGAUUCACUUCAUUAAGUGCUAUCAGUAAUCAUAAAUCACGUUUGCCUAGAUUCAAUUAUGAAGGGAAUUCAAAUGCAGUGCUCACUGUGAAUUCAGCUGUUCGUAAAGGUCAGAUGAAUAAAACUGAAGAUGACAAUAAUAAAGAGGAUCUCGUGAUAUUUCGUAGUGCAUCAACUACUGACUUUAUUGAUAAUCAUCAGGUAUCCACUAACAGUUAUAUUCAACUAGUGGGUGCAGCAACUCUAUCAAAACCAAUGAAGUUAGAUUCAACAAAAAUAUCACAUUUCGUUGAUAAUUAUCAGAAUACACAUUUACCUCUACCCAAUUAUGUGUAUAAUAAUCAAUCAAUUGGUAAUGGAAAAUUAAUGAAACAUUAUUGUCCUUUACCAGCUACAAAUUAUCAACAAACACCAACUAUAACUAAUGACAUUUUACCUGCUAGCAUAAAUCCAAGUCAUUUGAACACUGCUCACAGUAACAGUCCGAUUGUGAACAUAAUUAGAAAGCAGAAAGUGUCAAAUGGUACUGCUGAUCCAGUCAAACUUAGAGCUAUGUUAAGCACAAAAUCCGCCUAUUCAAGAAAAUAAAUCCUACCUUCAGGUUGCUUUUGAUUGGUCAAUUUUUUUAAUGAAUCAUUAUUUCUAAGUACUGAUUGGCUACUACAGGAAAGUGAGGAUAGACACACUGACCUUCAAUGCACAUGUAAAUGUAUAACAAAGCACACGGCUAAAGCAAACACACAACUGUACCUCAUUUUCAUACUACUUUGUUAUGCAUUCAGCAUGAGAUGUAUGUGCCUCAUCAGUUUAAAUAUUCUUGGGAAUAUUACACUUUUCAAGCUUGAUACCUUUGUUGUAAUUUUAUGAUGAUGGACUUAAAUUGUUCUUCCAUCUUAGGUACUCCUACAAGUAAAUAUGAUUGUAAUAGGCAUAAAUCAUUUC